CAGUCUCCGCGCGGUCCCACGCGCUCUACACGCGACGAAAGAAAGUGAAACUAGCCCGAUAAAAAUGACAGUGCUCUUAGCGUUUUGUAUGUUCGUCGCCGCUUUGGCUAAUCCAGACGACCAAAUAGAGAAAUACAGUGAAAAGGUGAACACUUACCAAGUUGAAGUACCUGGAAAGGAUCCUAUCACUAUAAUAGAAACGCUAGAUGAUAACAAGAAAAAAGAUGGAUCUUAUGAUAUAACUGAAGACGACGUGAAUGUGAAGAACUUAAUGACACAUAUUAUUCAUGAUGUGGGCAGCAAUAGACCGCGCUGCUACGGACCUUCGUGUCAGAACGGUUUUAACGGUGAAGAAGGACCUCAAGACGGUAAUGAAGAUUUUGAAGUGGACCAAGAAAAGUUGAAAAACUAUCGUGAUUUUUCGAAAGAACGUUUACAAGCAAUCAAUGCGCUGGCUGCAAAAUUGAAGAAAGAGAAAAUAAAAGCUGAUCGGUUUAAUUACAUGGAAAACGAAGAAGAUGAGGAUGAGGAUAAUGGAAAGGUUUAUACUACUUGGAAUAGAUUGAAAGUGAAGCAACAUAAGCACCCUUACGAUGAUAAAGAUGGCUGGGUUACCUUGGAACCAGUGGCAUGGUCAACGAGCAAAAUAUCAAAGUGGAAACCUAAUGUUAAAAAACAAAAACCGAACCAUUGGAAUGAAGACGAUAAUAGAUUUCCCAGUGACGAUAGAUAUACAUCUUACCAAGAUCACCAGGAUGUAGCGAAUGAUUAUAGUUACACACAGAAAAGGCCUACACUGAAUCGCCCGGGAUACAUAAAUAAUAAAUUACAUGUGAUGUCUACUCCCGAAUAUGAAAGUGAAGUGCCAUCGAAACCAUCUUGGAAUAAGCUUCAUCAAACAUCUUAUCCUUCUUCUUGGUCACCUGAUGAGGGCAGGAGGCCUAAUAAGCCACACAAUUGUGACAACAACGACGAUAACAAUAAUAACGAAGAUAAUCCUUAUUACGGUAUAUCUGACUCAUUAUUGACUGAUAAUCGUCCGUCACAUUUCCCCUACGAGUACGAAGCUUUGCACCAAGCGACUAUACAGAAACGUCCUUACAGACGGCCGACUCAGGUCGUGUACGCGGGGUCGCCUGAUCUUGACACUGACCGCGGGUCGAGGCCUCCACAUGGAGACGGACAGUGGGUUUUACUUUCAACAACAAAGGGCUAUCGCAACAAGAAGCGACAAAGAUCUAUGAACCUAAAUACACCUGAAGAUGAACAUAAUGAUUACGUGACAUCCCAUCAAGCUGUAUCAUUGACAGUAUUGCCAGUGGAUAAUGCUCACACGAAUAUGACUACGUCUCAUGGAGGUCUUUUGGAAGUAGAAAAGAGUUUCGAGACAGUUGAAGAAUCGAAGCAAGCUAUGGAUAAGGUACAUGAUCUAGAUGUAGCUCCUUCUGAACAUAGGCCUGUAAAAACUAAAGUCAUAAGAAGAAAGGUCGCGGCUAACGUAACUCCUGAUAGCUCUACAAUUUUAGCAGCUGUUGGAGCUGGUAUGGUGCCAGCCACAAUGGCUAUGGUGGUGCCAAUGAUGUUGGGGAAGAGGAGAAGAAGGAGGACAGUGGAAGCGGCGAAUUUCUCGAAUUUUGAUAAUUUUUUUUAUAAAUACCGAUAGAGGAUCUAUUUAGAAACUAAUUCAAUACCAAUUUACCUAUAGCGAUAAAGUGAAAAAAUUUCAAAUACAAAUUAUUUUGGCUGGUAUUGAAUUUGAAGUCUGUAAAGACUGGAUAUUUUAUAUUUUACUUGAUAAGUGUGAUUGCUGUGAUUGUAAAUAAAUUAUUAGUUUGAGUAAAUGAUGCGUGAAUUUCCAAAUGUUUUAAACUUAAGGUUUAUUUAAAUUAAAAUGUAAUUAAUAAGUUAAUUAAUAAUAAAUAAAGAAGACACUCGAUUUU